AUGUCAAACCAGCAAUUAAUCAAAUUUUCUAGUGAAAUUUCAAAUAUUCCAAUGGAAGUUGAAAUCAUUGAUUUGUCUGAUGAUCAAGAUAUAGAAAAACUUAAAAGACAACAUAUUAGAAAAACUAGUGUAGACCGUUAUAGAAAAGGUGAAAAUUUUCAACACCCGAUUAACCGAGAAGUAGUAGGAAUAGAAAAUGGAAAAGCACCUGAGCUAACAACAUGCAAUAAUUGUGGGAAACCGGCUCAAUAUUUAUGUAUGGCUUGUGGUCAAAUUGGACCUCGUUACUGCUCAGAAAAUUGUCAAACUGAAGAUUGGACCAAAGGUCAUUCUAAUGUUUGUAAAAAGACAAUAGAGUCGUCAUCGUCGCCAGUAGUUACUGAACAUGAGGGAAACAACAUUGUUGUAAAAAGAAGUAAUAGUCUUAAUAGGACUUUUACAAGAGGAAAUGCUGCACAGAUCAUUAAUGCUAAAAAAAGAAAAGGAAGUCGGCAAAAUAAUUCUUCGGCUGUCGCUACUUCUGAUAUUGCUGGUGUUACUACUGCUGAUGACCAAUCUAUCACAGGAUCUCUACCUUUUGAUGAAGAUCAGAUAGAAGAAAUUAAAUAUUAUAUUGAACAAGUAUAUAGAAUUAUUAAGCCUGUGGUAUGUUGUAUUGUUUUAUCGGUACUUUGGGUUAAGAUAUCAUUGGAAACACCUGAAUUUCGUGUUCAACAUGGAGCAGAAAAGGUUUUUAAUACACCAUCAGAUGCUUCAGAAACCACACUAAUAUUUAGUGGGAGUAUAAUUACAGUUUUUUUCAUACCAUUAGAUUAUAUUACAUUGUCAUUUUUAUUAUGGAAUUUUGCAGUAGUGGGUUUAAUAUCUGUUUUUUGGAAAGGUCCUUUGUUACUUCAACAAAUUUAUUUGACCAUCAUGUCAAGUUUAAUGGCAUUUUCAUUGACAAGUUUAUCAGAAUGGGCAACAUGGAUUUUAUUAGGAUUACUUGCAAUUUGGGUUAAUGCUGUUUGGUUUAUGGCAUCUCCAGGACUUUCUAACCAGAUUAACUUGACUUCAAAUGCACCUAGUUCAGUUGGUGGUGAAGAAAUUCCAUUAUCUGAAAAUAUAAGGUAUAAUAAUAAUGAAAACCCUCAUUUAAAUUCAAACGAUGAUGGCAACAAUUCACAACCAUCAUCAAUAUCACCACCACAACCGCCUCCAGGGCAACAAAUAAAUCAGGUGGUAGUAAGUGAUAAUGAAGGCACUGAGGACAAAGACGAUGAAGAUCAAAAAAGCGGACUUAAAUUAGGUUUAGGUGAUUUCGUAUUUUAUAGCGUUCUAGUUGCAAGAGCUGCAAUGAGUGAUUGGAUCACCACAAUAACUUGUUCAGUUGCUGUGCUUACCGGACUUAAUACAACAAUAUUUUUGUUAUCGAUUUAUAAAAAAGCACUUCCAGCAUUACCAAUAUCGAUUACAUUUGGAAUGAUCUUUUUUUUUGUUGGAAAAUUUGUUCUAGUUCCGUAUUUACAAAAUCUUGGAAUUCAAUUGAUUGCAGUCUAA